AGCUCGGUACUAUUAUUAAUAAUGUCAGACAUGUGCACUCCGUGGAUCAUACAAGCCACAAGGGUGGUUUCAUAUGCACUCAUUGUAGGAUUUGCUGCUGUACUUUUCGUCGGUUUCUUUGGUGUCACCGCCGCCUACGGUAAAAUGAUCGAAUCUGGCUAUGGUUCGUACAGUUUCAAGAUAGAUCCCAGGAUUGGAUGGUUCUUCCAAGAGCUUCCAUCCCUGCUCCUCCCCUUUUUAUGCCUUAUUUCUGAAUGGUCCGAUCUACACUCUCUCCAGAUCGCUUUGCUCAGCAUGCUGAUUCUGCACUACUUUCAACGGUCAAUUAUAUAUCCAAUGCUAAUGCAGAGCCAUCGAAAGACUCCGAUCAGCAUAGUACUAUCCGCAUUUGCAUUCUGCUGUACGAACAGCUGCUUACAGUCAAUCUGGAUUCGUUGCAUGCUCAACCCAUCACAGAUCAGCACAGUGCAGCUCGUCGUUGGAACAUCACUCUAUGCGAUCGGUUUACUAGUCAAUCUCCAGUCUGACUAUAUACUACGGCACCUGAGGAGAGGAGCAGGGGAUGAGCAGCAACGAUACUUUAUCCCCUAUGGAGGCAUGUUCAGGUUCGUAUCGUGCCCGAACUAUCUCGGUGAGAUGAUUGAAUGGCUUGGUUACGCCAUGACCAGCGGUUGGGGAUUGGCGCCUGUUACUUUCGCUUUCUGCACCUUCGCCAACCUCUUUCCAAGAGCCCUUGAGCAGCAUAAAUGGUAUGAAGGGAAAUUCGAUGAUUACAAGAAACUCCAUCGAAAGGCGAUCGUCCCCUUCCUCCUGUGAUCGUCAAGACUAGCAGUAAUCUCAUUUUCUUAAUCGUACGGUCUUUGUUGG